AUGGAUGCGCCGCAACGGUGGAAGAGCACGAGGCCCCCGCCGCGCGUUAUGACUUCACAAGGGGUUUGUUUCAACCAUUCGACUAAGACGGCAUCCCUCAGAGAGAAAACGUUACGGAAAUUAAAGGGCGCCACACCCCCCCGCAAGAUCUCGGUGGGGGAAUUGGAAAGCCUCACGUCGCGCGUGAUGUAUGCAGCGGGGGUUCAGGGGGGUUCGCUUUUUCGGCGUUAUUUCUUUUUUAAAACGGCACGCCGGAGACCGCCGCGACUCAACAGGGGGCCGUUCGGGGCCCAAGAUUUGGCAGCCCAACCCCCCUUUGCGAUGCCGGCCACCCCAUCGCGGCACCAAGGUUCAGCACCCCGUAUUUUGGGGGGAAGCCAGCGCCAGAAACGUUCGCCACUUGGAGAACUUUGCGGCGCCCGGCUUACGGCAUCACAAAGUACAAGGGCCCGCCGCGUCUUGCUGGGACACAGUGUUAUCCUUGUCGGUCUUGGGGCGCGUGUUGCCGCGCCAUCAGCAGUAUCAUCCGCACCAAGUUACUGCUUAGUGGAAAUG